AUGAGCGACCGCCACAACUACACAUUCCAUCCCAAUCAGCCACCACGUCCCCCCAAUCAGCCACCGCGGGGCAGCCAAUGGCUACCCAAUGCUCAACAGCAGCCCCCUCAUCAAUCAUCUUCCUAUCAACCAGUUCAGCGUGGCUUCCCAGCGGCACAAAGCAACUAUAUGUCCACGCACCCUGCCCCAUCUUCACCAUAUGCAAUGCCUACCAUGCCACCAUCAAGCACACACUACACAACAAACAAUCAUGCCGCUGCACCAUCACAACCCUACCCCCCAAAUGCUGCUGUCAGUCCAUACAGUCAACAGCAACAGAUGUAUCCACCACAAGAUUACCCUAUGCGCCAGCCGGCGCAUUCACCGGGUCAGAUAUAUCAGCCAGCGGGACCUUCGCGCAGUCAUACAAUACCGAACGUCACACAUCCGUACGUCAUCGAUGGGCCGAUAGCGCCUGCAGUGCAGUACCCAGCAUCCCCUACACGUCCAUUCUCCUGCGACAUGUGCGCACUGUCGUUUAACCGGCAGCAUGAUUUGAAACGGCACAGAGACACACACUCGGGAGAGAAACCAUUUUUGUGCAACGGAGGUUGUGGAAAGACAUUCACGAGGAAAGAUGCACUAAAAAGGCACCAGCUUGUGAAGCAUUGUGGAUAUGACGAAGAUGCAAAUUGA